UGUGGGCGCGGAAUGUGGGCUGCGCGAGCCGCCGUCCUCCUGGGGGCCGGGUUUUCUCGAGUGGCUCGCAGCCUCCGGUCACCGAGGGUCACGCUCCCGUUGCCGCUCCACCCCCAGCGCGGGCUCGCCUCUGUAGGACAUGGGGGCGCGGGGGGCCUGGAGGGGCGAGGGGGCGGGCAGUGGGGCCCAGGGACUAAAGGCCGGAGGAGCCGGGCGGAAGAAGAGAAAGAGGAAGAGCCAGACGAUGCGGGAGAAGAUGAGGCGCUGCUGAGGAGGGAGCCUCUGUUGCCGGCGGGGACCCAGCGCGUGUGUUUGAUUCACCCUGAGGUCAAGUGGGGACCCGGCAAGCCCCAGCUGACGCAAGCCAAGUGGCAGGUUGCAGAGGCAGAGGCACUGGUAGGCACCCUAGAUAACUGGUCAGUGGUGGAGACAUUGGUGAUACCCACGAAAACGCCUGACAGGAAGCUUUUGUUCAGCAAAGGAACCCUGAAGCACCUGACAGAGACAAUCCGAGGGUCCCCGGAGAUCACAGCUGUCUUCCUGAAUGUGGAGCGGCUGGCUGCACCCACUCAGAAAGAACUGGAAGCUCUGUGGGGCGUGCGGGUGUUGGAUCGGUUCACCGUGGUGCUUCACAUCUUCCGCUGCAAUGCAAGGACUCGGGAGGCCCAGCUGCAGGUGGCACUGGCAGAACUGCCCCUCCUGAGGUCCAACCUGAAAGAUGGCUUGGAGCACAGAGGGGGCUCUCGCUACAUCAUGGGGUCAGGAGAAUCUUUCAUGCAGGUGCAGAAACGUCUCUUAAGAGAGAAGGAAAUGAAGAUACGGAAGGCCUUGGAGAGACUCAGGAGAAAAAGACGCCUCCUGGGGCGGCAGCGGCAACAGCGGGAGCUGCCAGUCAUCUCAGUGGUGGGGUACACUAACUGUGGGAAAACCACACUGGUGAAGGCACUGACGGGGGAUGCGGCCAUCCAGCCCCAGGACCAGCUGUUUGCCACACUGGAUGUGACAGCCCAUGCAGGGUCACUGCCCUCCCGCAUGACUGUCAUCUACAUGGAUACCAUCGGCUUCCUCUCCCAGCUGCCCCAUGGCCUCAUUGAGUCCUUUUCUGCCACCCUGGAUGAUGUGGCCCAUUCAGAUGUGAUUAUCCACGUGAGAGACAUAAGCCACCCUGAAGCUGAACUGCAGAAGGCCUGUGUCCUGUCCACGCUUCAUGGCCUGCACCUGCCUGCCCCACUCCUUGCCUCCAUUGUGGAAGUUCACAACAAGGUCGACCUGGUGCCUGAGUACUGUCCCACAGGGCCACAUGCUGUGGCUGUGUCUGCCCUUCUGGGACAUGGGUUGGAGGAGCUAAAAGCUAAAUUGGAAGAUGCUGUUUUGAUGGCAACAGGGAAACAGGUUCUCACCCUCCGAGUCCAUCUGGAAGGUCCACAGCUCAGCUGGCUGCAUGCAGAGGCCACAGUGCAAGAAGUAGCCGUGUUCCCUGAAGCUGGCGCAGCUGACGUCACAGUCAUCAUAAGCAGCUCUGCUCUGGGCAAGUUCAGGAAGCUCUUCCCAGAGUGACAGACGGUCCCAGGAGUGGUGCUGCCUCCAGUUUCCAUCUGCACCCAUGGGUGGUUGAUGUGAAACAGUUCCUCUCUGACUUCAGUGUCUCAGAGCAGAAGGGGAAGGGCUGUAUGUCUGCAUGUGAGCAGCCUCUCUGCCCACUCUGCUGCCAGCCCUUGGUGAGCUCAGAGGUGCUUCUCGCCUGUCAGGCCCUGUCUCACUCAGCAGCCCAGGCCUGCUACCCUCUCACCACACACAGUGUCAAGAGACAGAACUACAAACAAGGGGCCUGGCACCCACAAAUGUGUGGGACAUCCACAUAUCUGCCGAGUCAAUUCUGCACAUCCAUGCACAUAAGGUCUUGGUCACAGUCACCUCUCAUGGUUGUGGCAGGUCAUAUACUCCUCUUUGUAGAAAAUAUACAGACUUCCAGCAUCCUUUCUUGUUCUGCUGGUGCUCAGGGGUCACUCAUAGUGCUUCCAAGGAUCAAACCCAGGGUUUCUGUAUGCCAUGCCUGUGCUCAGCCUGUCACAUCAUCUCCCAGCUGCAGUACCUUCCUGAUGCCCCAUGCAGAAGAGGAGACAAAGUAAUGUCCCUCAACAUGUCCACAUCAAGACAUGGGUUCAACCCUGGGUCCCCUAGCAGGAAGUGGCCCUGGGCAUUCUGAACCUAAUUCUGUAAGCGGAAGCCUGUGCAGCUCUGCCUGUGCUCACUUUCCCGUCUCACACCUACACUUGAGACCUUGAUGCAGAACAGCAGCCUGUCCAUGCAGUUCAGUCCUGGGCUUGACCUCUGGGUCUUGGAGCCUGAAGGAACUCUGCUGGGUCAAAAGCACCUCCAAGGUUCGUCUUUCCUGAUAACUUCUGGUCUCAGGGCAUCACAUUCCCCUGGUAUGUCUGCAAGUAUCUUUUCUGCCAGUCACCACCUGCAGGGCCUCCCACUUCUCUGGUGUGGCCUUGAGGUUUGCAUUAGCCCCAAUUCUAUUCACUAGGGACUCAGGAAGGUAUGUGGUCCGACUCUGCUCCCUGGGCCCACUGACCCACUGUCCCUCCCCAUCACAGAUGCUGCAUCACCGGGGCCUGGGGCAGUGUCCAGACUGAGGAAGCCUGGCAAGAGGGCCUACAUAAGGGAAACUGGGUAUUGGGGUAGGGGGUGGCUGGUGCCUGAACAGAGAGGGUUUCACACUUGCUGUGGUGA